AUGGAGAACGCCACCUUCCCCGUGGCCAGGGCUUCAGGCAGCUGUCCCCAGCUCAGGGCAGCCUGGCCCAAGAGCCAGACACAGGAGGAGCUAUGGAGGCAUCUGGGUGCUGCGGGGAAGCCAAGCACACCCGUGGGGGGUUUCAGUCAACCCUGCCCCCCUGGGUGGGCACUGGUCUCAGUAGAUGGGCUCACCCCUUGUCUCCAACCUUCUCUGCCCCAGGUGGUUCGUACCCUGGAGGGCAACAUAGAGAAGAUACAAACAAAAGUCCGCGCUGGGCAGAAGGUGACUGCCCUGUACGUGGCGGUGCGGGAUGCCCUGAGGAAGGAGCUGGCCCACCUGCCUCUGCACCUGGACCUCCUGAGUGAGAUGGCCGAGCUGCAGCAUAGGGAGGUGGAAGACAUGGAGCUCAUGGCCUCGCGUGGGCUCAGAGCUGUUCGUGGAGCCAAGGAGCACAUGGUCAGGACGAAAACCCAGGUCCUUGCAGAGAGGGAGCUCAGGCUCCGCACCCAGGCUGCUCAGAAAGAGCCCACAGACGGAGGCUGGCUCAAGGAAGCAAAAGAAAGGGCUCUGAAAAUGCGAGCCAAGCGUGACCUCAGCAGGGACUUCCUGCGCCUGCCCGCAGAGGACCCAGUGGUGGCUGCCAAACUGGAGGCCACCAAGUCCCAGCUGCAGCGGGAGGCCUACGUGAGGGAGAAGAUGGAGAAGGCCAAGGAUGUGGUGCAGUGCUCCCGCCUCUGGGACAUCCCCGUCAGGCUCCAGGCACAGCAGAAGUCCCUGCUGGAAAUCGAGCACUACCUCACAAGGUGCAAGGAGAAGAAGCAGGAGCUGGAGAAGACAGUGAAGGAGCUGGAGAUGCAGCGCGAUGAGCUGAAGUUUCGCCGGCCCCCAGACACAAGCAGGUGCUGCUGGCCUCCGGACACUCAUGCCAAAGGGGCCGGCACCCUUAGGGGCAGGGGGACAUGUGCAUGGCAGGUGUCCCAAGAGGGCAGCCCUUCCUUUGUCACCCUGCGGCUGCCCACCCCUCCCGCACUGGGAGGCUUUCUGAGCAGAGUGCUGCCCCAGCUCUGGUGCUGGCAGAGCACGCAAAGCUCCUGCGCUGGCAGCAGGAGGAGCCUUGCUCCUUGCCUGGCAUGGGAAGUGGGAGCAGCAGCAGCGUGGGCUUGAGUUGCAGGCAGCGUCUCUGCUCUGCGCUUGGGGGCAGGGGAGAAGCUGGGCAGCAGCUUUUGCAACAGCUUUGGGGUGUCUGCACCCCUGUGCCGUUGUAUGGAUGUGACCGUGGUUGGCUCCAGGGGGCUGGUGGAGGAGCUGAGGACGAGGCUGCAGCGGGAAGAGGCUCGGCUGGAACAGGGGCGAGCCCAGCUGCUGAGGAGCCAGGAGACGCUGCUGGACUUUGAAAACGCACUUGACAACCUCUUCGUCC